UGGGGAGGGUGAUGACAGAGAACAAGUGGCUGAAGCGGCUCCGGAGACAAAUGUGCAAUACUAAGAUGGCCUCUUCCGCCGAGCAGCCCGCCGCGGGUACAUCCGGCAUCAGCCAAACGGAUCAAGAAGCCUUGGUUAAACCCAAGCCACUGUUGUUAAAACUUUUAAAGUUUGCUGGCGCCCAAAAAGAUACUUUUACCAUGAAGGAGGUAAUAUUCUAUAUUGGUCAGUAUAUUAUGUCUAAACAUCUCUACGACGAAAAGCAACAACAUAUUGUCCACUGUGCAAAUGAUCUUCUGGGUGAUCUCUUUGGAGUACAGAGUUUUUCUGUGAAAGAACACAGGCAAUUAUAUUUGAUGAUUUCCAAAAACCUAACAACAGCCAAUCAGCAAGACUCUAGUAAUGUUAACACAUCUUCGAAUCAGUCCAGGUCCCUGCUAGAAAACGGAAAUGCUAUAAAGGAGUCAGUGCAAGAGUCAAGUGAAGCAUCUACUUCUAGAAGGAGGGUACGCAGUGAAACAGAAGAAAAUGCUUUAGAAGACCCUGGUGAUGAAAGACAAAGAAAACGGCAUAAAUCAGACAGCAUUUCUCUUACAUUUGAUGAAAGUCUCUCGUGGUGUGUAGUAAGUGGAUUAUACUGUGAUCGAAGCAACAGCAGCAGUUCCUCGGGCUCUGUAUCAAGUCCAGAUAAUAAUGCCAAUUCACUAAGUGGAAAUUCAGAUUGGUUAGACCAGGAUUCCAUUUCAGAUCAGUUCAGUGUUGAGUUUGAAGUUGAAUCAAUGUAUUCAGAAGACUACAGCCCUAAUGAAGAUGUACAAGAACUUACUGAUGAGGAUGAUGAGAUAUAUCAAGUAACUAUAUAUCAGACUGAAGACAGUGAUAUGGAUUCAUUUGACGAUGAUCCUGAAAUUUCACUAGCUGAUUAUUGGAAAUGCUCAAACUGCAAUGAAAUGAACCCACCCCUUCCUCGCCAUUGCCCCAGAUGCUGGGCUCUGCGGGAGAACUGGCUCCCUGAUAAGAGGAGUGAGACGCCUCAAGAGAACAAGUGUGAGGAUGCUCCACCACUAGAUCCUGAGGAGGGCUUUGAUGUUCCAGACUGUAAGAAAGGAAAAAUAGAUGAAGGUAAAGAGGUGGAUGAAGCAGAACAAACCUCUGAAUCUCAGGAGAGUGAAGAAUACUCACAGCCAUCGACGUCUAGCAGUUUGCUUUGCAGCAGCCAAGAAAGCUUGAAAGAGCCUGAGAAAGAAGAGAUUGAAGAUAAAGAUGGAGGCACAGAUUCAAACCUUCCUCUCUCCAGCGUAGAGCCUUGUGUCAUAUGCCAAAGUCAACCUAAAAAUGGUUGCAUAGUACAUGGAAGGACGGGACAUCUCAUGUCAUGUUAUGCAUGUGCAAAAAAACUGAAGAGGCGCAAUAAGCCCUGUCCGGUCUGCAGGCAGCCAAUAGAGAUGAUUGUACGGACCUACUUUUGCUAGCUGAAAUGCAGCAAGGACUUUGCAACCUUGUUAAGGAUUUCUGAAGACUGGUAAUUAAGAGGAAAUUUAUUUAAAAGAUAAGAUAUUUUGAAUGUUUACAGAAGAGUUUUUAUAUUUUAAAAUUUUCUCCUUUGAAAAUUAACAGUAUUUGCACUGAAAUUGAUGGACUCUUGAAAACAUAAUUUUUUUUGUGGAUUGGUA